CUUGGUUGGCUAGCUCGACACAUCGUCAUCGGGAGGCCUGACUGACUGACUGACUGACUGACUGAAGGACGGACUGAGAUUACAUUGCCACUGCCACUGCGUAUCAGGGAUAGGAUAGUAUCAUCUACCUAGGCAGCAAGUGCGAGUUUGGAACACGUGCGGGGGCUUGCUGGGGUGCUCUAGUAAGUUGGGUAUCUUGCCUUGUCCUGUUCAAGCUUGAGACCGAGUAGGCGGGCAGGCGGGCAUUGUUGAUGAUUGUUGUUUGGCCCAGACACACACUCAGUCGUCGGAAUCAUACAGAGUACGAGGACUCAACAUCAGUCCGGCUGGACUCAUCGCCUCUCUCAGACACAAUCACCAUCAUCACCCUACGAUUCCGACUGUCUGUCUCACUGCACCCGGCAUACUUACCUAGGUACCCAUAUUCAUCGUCACUCACCAUGGGCUUCACCUCGUCUCUCAAAUCCAACAACCCCUUCCGCCACCACUCGUCCAGCAACACCAGCAACAACGUGGACGACGUGCCCCCACCAGCAGGCCCGCCCCCCUCCUACGGCGGCGGCGGCGGCGGCGGCGGAUCCAAAACCGCAUCCGGACCCGGAACGGGUGACUACGCCCCGCCCCCGGGACCACCGCCCUCAUACGGCGACUUCGCACCACCACCAGGACCCCCUCCCUCCCACGACAGCAAAGGCAAAGAUAAAGAUGACGACGACUUUGCCCCGCCCCCCGGCCCCCCUCCCCCCCAGCACAACUGGCAGGACGCCGUCCCCGACACGUCGGGCUUCCCGCCGCCGCCGGCCCUCUUCUCGGGCUGGGACCAGUCGCCCGCGACCAACGCGAGCGAGGGCCAGGCCGAGGCGGGCGAGGCGUGGUGCGCGCGGUGGCCGCUCUCGGCGCCGCUCGACCUCUCCCGGCCCGACACCGCGGGCCUGCGCGACAGCAACAUCGUGCCGCGGCUGAUGGCGCCCCCCGCGAACCUCUUUGCCAAGGUCGGGAGCACCCUCGCGCAGAACCCGUCCGGGCCGGGGGGCUCGUGGUCGCUGCGGACGGGCGGGCGGAGCGGCGACUGCUGUGUCCUGGGGUACCCGCUUGUGUAUCUCGUGCAGCGGGAUAGCCCGCUUGCCACGGGCAGGCCGGCGACGGUGUACUUUGAGGUUUAUGUGCGGGAGCUGGGGGGGGAUGCCGGGCUUGCGGUUGGGUUUGCCGCGUUGCCUUAUCCUGUUUUUCGCAUGCCAGGCUGGCACCGCGGCAGCCUGGCGGUGCACGGCGACGACGGGCACAGGUUCAUCAACGACCGGUGGGGCGGCAAGGACUUCACGCGGCCGUUCCAGAAGGGCGAGGUCGUGGGCAUCGGCAUGACGUUCAGCCCUGGCUUGGGCGCGGGCGCCACAACGACAACAUCCCCUUCCCCCGACGGCAAGGGGGGCACCGUCAUCGAGACGGAGGUCUUCUUCACGCGCAACGGCAGGCUCGACGGCCGCUGGGACCUGCACGAGUCGCUCGACGCCGAGGCCGACCUCCCCGUCACGGGGCUCGAGGGCUACCACGACCUGUCCGUCGCAGUGGGCACGUUCGGGCUCGUCGGCGCCGAGGUCGUGCUUGACCCGCGGGGGUGGGCUUACAGGCCGUGCUAAGGGGGGUUAGGUGGGUAGGUUGUUUGGGUGUGCGCUACGUGUUUUCGGUGCUGCUCGGGGGUUUCACGGUGUUGGAGGGGAAUGGGUGGAUGGAUGGAUGUGGGGGUUUUGUGUCUGUGUGUGUGUGUGUGUAUUGGGCCGGCUGGAGGGAGGGGGUGAACUACUUGCUUACUCAGGGUCUCUUGAGUGUCUGCUGAAUGGAUGAUAUCACGUUUAUUUGUGUAACUAUGUGUUGCUGGUAGAUACUUUUUUCGGGACCGGAUCGAUUGGUAUCACUGGGUGCUGGCUGACUGGCGAGAGUGAUGCACACCUGUGAGGAAGGACGGAUAGUAACCGGCCCUCUGUUAUAGGCAUGAAUCCUGCAUCAUGAGGUCCCCCUGAGAGGAAGAUGACCAAGAUCAAGACCCUUUGAAGUCGUUGAUCCAUGAGGCUCGAGUUGUUGACGUAUUUGCCCCCGCCCCUCUCCCGGGCUGUUUUCUCACCACCAUACUAAUCUGAUCGAGUCACUAAAUGAGUUUGUGACGGCCUGGCCAGGGCUAGCUGGGGUGAGCAACGAGGUAUGAGGGAGGGGUCGAGUGUUCAGAGCAGCGGGUUGAGUUGAUUAGCGAGGAACCUGGAGGCGCCGUUUGGCGAAUACUCGCUCACACCCUGACAUUGUUUCGCUGACAUGGUUUCAUCUGCAAUUACAAGUUGGCUCGGUUGUAUUUGACUGUCAAGACCUCCGCACUGUAUCGCAUCCGUUGAAAACUCCAUGGACCUGCUUCCGUGCAGUUGCCCUGGGAGAAGACGACCUACUCAGCCUCUCCACCCUUCUUCCUCUUCCGGCUCUCCCUGAUGGCCUCCCUCCGGUUAUGCUCCUUCUUCCUCUCCCAGCCGCUCUUGGACGUGAUGACCGCACCCCCGGCCCUCCGCGCCUCCACCCCCCGCGUCUUGAGCUUCUUCCUGUCCUCCUUCCUGACGUCCGGCAGCGCGUCCAGCAGCGCCCUCAGGACCCGCGACUCCCCCUUGCCGGCCUGCCGCUCGCUCAUGGCGAUGACGUUGGCAAACGUCUUGAUGUACGGCAUGUCGUCCUUGGUGUACAGCGUGACCGCGACGCCGCCCUCGCGGCCGGCGCGCCCCGUCCGCCCGGCCCGGUGCACGUACGCCGCCGCGCUCGUGGGGACGUCGUAGUUGACCACGCCGUUGACGCCCGCGAAGUCGACGCCCCGCGCCAGCACGUCCGUCGUGAUGAGGACCCAGACCUCGCCGAGGCGGAAGCGCCGCAUGAUGGCCGCGCGCGCGGCGUCCGGCAGCGACGAGUGCAGCACCGCCACGCGCGCCGAGCCGCCCGCCUCGAGCGGGAUGUCGUACCGCAGCUCGUCGUGCAGCGCGGUCGCGCGCUCGAUCGUCUGCGUGAAGACGAUGAAGGGGGGGCGGAGGGGGGGCCCGUCCUCGGAGGAGGAGGACCCGGGGGCCGGGCGGAGGAGCUGCCGCAGCGCGUAGAGCUUGCCCGGCUCCGUGGCCGUGUAGGUCAGCCUGUGCGUCACGUUCGGCACGGCUGUGUCCUUGAGCCCGACGACCAGGCGCACGAGGGGCUUGGGCGCCAUGCCCCGCUGUUUGUGGUGGGACCUUAGCUGCUCUGUUGCGAGCGUCUCGAUGUUGGACCCCAUGGUCGCGGACCAGAAGGUCAGGUGGAGGUCUGGGCUGGUGCAGGCCUGCCAGAUGCCCAUGGUCUGGUCCCGGAACAGCUCGUCCAGGAGGACGUCGGCCUCGUCCAGGAUCAGCGACCUGACGGACGGGAUGGUGCGCUUCAGUUUCCCUUUGUUGAGGAAGUUGAGCAGGAGCAUGGGCGUCGUCACGAGUAUGUCGGCUUUUGUGACCGGCUUCGUCGAGUCGUCCUCGUCGCUUCCCGAGUCAGAGUCCUCCUCCUCUUCACUCUCUUCAGAAGACUCGUUUUCGCUGUCCUUGUCCUCGGGCUCGGCAUCCUCCGUGACGAUUCGCAUGCCCUUUUUCAUGAGUAUUACUUUGACACCCGUGCCCGCGGUCAGCUUGAGGCCCUCGUUGUGGAUCUGGUUCGCCAGUUCCCUCGUUGGCGCCACGAUGACCGCCUCCAGGUUAUGCAGCUUGCGCUCCUCGGAGCCAGCCCGCCUCUUCAUUAUGCUGUUUAUGGCAGGGAUCAAGAAGCUGACAGUCUUGCCGCUGCCGGUGGGAGCCACCCCCAUAAAGUCAACCGCUUCCGCUGAUGUAUCCUCGCCCAAGGAGUUUCCGAGGGCACGCGCAGAAUCAAGCAGGAGAGGCAGGCCGGCCAUCUGCACUUCUGUCGGUUCCCGGUAUCCCUGCGCAUCGAUGUUGUCCGCCAGCCGGGGCGAAAUGUGGUAGGUAGACCUCAGCUCGCUGAAUCUCUGCAGUGGCUGUGGGAACAGCUGUUUCUUCUCUGGCUUGACCUCCUUGGCCGAUGCCUUGGCCUUCUUCUUGCUCUUCUUGACCUUUGACUUCUUGUCCGCCCCCGCCGACAGGAGUGUGAACUUCAAGCGAUGCGACCGCAGGAUCUGCUUGCACUCGUCCUCGUCCAAGAGUUUCGCCUUCGGUAACGGCUUGGGCUUCUGCGGUGCUUUGGGCUGGGUGGGAGCCUUCUUGGUGCCUUUCGUGGGUUCCUUGUGGGCGAAGAAGUCCAGGCUGCUGGUGUCGUCGUCGUUGUCGUCGUCGUCACUUUCUUCUUCGCCGCCUUGGUCUGCCCUCUUUCUCUUGGUGCCCCUCGUUGAUCCAACAUCGUCAUGGUAGAAUUGUGCGUUCGCCCGACUCCCAGCUGAAGGGAGUGCGCCGCCAGCCGCUGGCUUUCCGCCUUUCCUCACAGUCGUGCCAAGCGACAAUGCCCUAAAGAUAUCCAUGUUGCGCCGUGGGCAGCCCUCUGGGGACUUGCGACAAGAAUCGAGUUCGGUGUUGUGCCGGAUGAAGCUGAUCCAAGGCUAGUUACCGGUCGUAUUUCGCCGAGUAGGGUCGCAGGAGAGAUUUGCGAGGGCUGGACCAGCUAUUUCAGGUCCGUCUGCGACAUCGUACUCUGUAGGGAGGGUUUAUCGCCCUCCUGCAAAUGAUGC